AUGGUACGAAAAACUUCUAAUAACCAAUCCCUUCUUGCAGCAGCACUAACCGCGAUUUCUGACUCCACUGUUAUUACGCAUGACGAAUAUAAACGUCAGAAGGAUAGUCCUGAUGCAAAAUUUCAUGAAGUUGAUAUUUACCAAUCUCAUAUGCAAAUUGGUCAAAUUCCAGCUAAAAACAUUAUAAAAACUCCAAAACAUAAUUUUUUGAAAACACCUAAUAAUGAUGUUAAAGAAAUUUAUGUUAAAAUAUCUUCUAAAAAGAAAAUUAGUCUUCAUAUCUUACUUUCUUGUACUGUUAAUAGUUUAAAGGAAUUAAUUUAUACACGAGAAGGUUACCCUACAUCUAAACAAGAACUUUUAUUUAAUGGACAAAUAUUGAAAGAUGAAUUAACAUUAACACAAUAUGAUAUCGAGGCUCAUUCAGUUAUUCAAUUAAAUCUUUUAUUACGUGAAAAUAAUAAUUCUAUUGGUUAUAUUAAUUCUGAACAUUUAGAUUCAAAACAUAAUUACGAUUUUACAAGUAUAACAGAUACACAAAAAUUUUAUCGUGGUAAAGAAGAAUAUACUAGACCAUGUGGAUGGAAGAGAAUUAGUACUAAAGUUUUAAACAAAUAUGAAUAUAAUAAUACUUGGUUAGGUGUUAGAAAUAGAAAAACUCAAUUUGAAUCAGCUCAAAAUGAAUGGCCUGUCUCAUUUCAUGCUACUGGUAACGUUAAUGGUAUGUCAAUGGCUGCUAUGGGAUAUGAUGUUAUUAGAGGAAAGAAUAAAUCGAGAAAAUUUUUGGGAUUAUUUUGUUGUUGUAAACAAAAUAAUAGAAAGAAACUUCAAUUUGAAUUUGGAAAUGGUGUUUAUACAACUCCAGAUGUUAAACUUGCAGAACAAUUUGCCACUAGGUUUAGUUAUGAAGGAGAAACUUAUUUAGUGAUGUUUCAGAAUAGAGUUAACCCUGAUACUUUGGUUAAGGCUGGUGAAUAUUGGGUAUUACCAAAACUUGAAGAUGUUAGAACGUAUGGUAUUUGUAUAAAGAAAGAUCCAUAUCGAGUAAAGUUUUAG